AUGCAGUCUCGCCACGAUAAGAGUGUUCAGCAGAGAAAAAAGACUCUCGACCCCCAUGAAGAAGAUGACCAUGGAUUUGUUUUCAUGCGGAGAAGAAAUGUUGGCGCUGUUAAUAAUUCUAGAAAUGUAAUGAAAUCUCCAGUCUCCAAAGGCGAAUCGCAAUCAAAAGUGAUUCAAACACUCAUAGAAACUCCAAGAAAACCUUUGCCAAAUAGUAGUGUUCUUUCACGAUCGCAGGAAUCUGUAGUUCCCAUUCCACUCAAGGAGACACCAAUGAUACGGAAAAAUAAGGAAAUCCGUCAAAAGAAGCGUCGUUCGAGUUUCGAAAAACGAGGCCGUCGGGCUUCUUCAAUUGGCAAUGGAUUUGUAGCAAAUCCGCAUCCGGACGUAAAAUCUAGUGAUUUUUUUCGCCACAUACAGCCUGAUCUACCAGGUCCAAAGAAGCUCAGGCAACUUCUUACUUGGUGUGGGAAGAGAGCCAUGAAUGAAUCGAAGACGAAGGAUUUAAAUGCACUAAAAAUUGCGAGGAUCGUAGAACAAGAGGUUUUAAAUGAUCUAAUGGAUAGUAAAAUCAAUACUUCUUGGUAUCACCGAAGAGAUGGUCAUGACCCUGUAGACAAAACGCCACAACAAAAAAGGCAGCAUCCACUUAAUGUUGAAAAUCAAAGAAGGCUGGAAGAAUAUGAAAAAACAUUGCAAAGGUUUAUCGUCCAUCGGACGUUUUUGCAAAGGAGUUCAUUUGGAAAACUGACCAACAAAGCUUUAUUUUAUAGGUUGAAUGCGGAAUACGAGGAAUGGUCGAAUUUAAUUUCUGGAUUCAAUUCUUUAUAUUCUUCGAUUGUAAACGCUGAUGGACAAGCACCAACGAAUGAAGGAAUGACUACAAUUUUUCCCGAUGAAGUUGACAUGUCUGUUCUAUCAGAAGAGGAAAAAAACUUUUUAUCACAAUAUUUCGUUGAGGAUGAUAAUACCUCAAGUGAGGAUAAAAUCCUAGAGGAAAUCGUGCAUUCACUUGAAAUUCAGGUUGAUCAAAUAUAUCACUGUCUAUAUAAUGCAUUACAGUUCAACACGGGAAUAACGGAAUAG